AUGAUCAAGUGCCUCUGUCUUUGCGUGCUCGCGCUCGCCGUGCCUGCUAGUCGUGGCACUCCUUCAGCUCCAGCAGAUGAAAAGCUGAUCAACUUGACGCCGCCGAGCCAGAGCCCAGCUACGCAGACGGAAGCAAGUGGCUUACGUAAGUCUCGGGCGAGUGACGAUACCAGCGACGAAGACGCUGGGGAAGACAGGGGAUUAGUGACGCUGGUGGCGCAGCUCAUGUACGAUUUCACCCGCCUCAAGUCCACCUUCACCUCAAGACGGAUGAAAAACCCAUUCCUGGAACAAGUAAAACCGAAGCGAGCGACGUGGCUGAAGAAGUGGAUCGCAAGCAUGUUGCCGACGGUCUCGAAAAAACUUCGGGAAGUGGCAGAGGCUCACAACGACAUCAGAAAACACAAGGCCGUUCUAUCUCUCGUAGCGAGGGGUGCGCCGUGUGCAGGAGUGUUCGAUCUUGGCAUCACCUAUGACGACUUGUCUCGCAUAUUGGGCGUGGAAAUGGCUCGUCGUGGCCCUGAGGACACGACAUCGAGACAAUUUUUCGAAAGCUACCUCGGUAAAUACGAGAAAUGGCUCAGAGAAAACCAAAAAGAAAUUAAGAGCACAAAACGCACAAAAAAGCAGAAAAGCAAACAAAACAAAAAAAUACGAAAAGAAACGGAAAAAAACAGAAAAAGACAAAAAUAUAGCCAGUCAGUCGCGUAG